CAACUUGAUCCUGUGAAAAUCAUUUCACAUACACACAAAUUUCAAAAAUAGUUACUUCCACAGAAAUACUAACAAUCAGAGUACAAUGGAAAUCCCCAGACCACCGUAACGUUGUAUCUGUGCCUGACGUAGACGUGCGAAACCAUGGCAACAGGAAAAAGGACUUGCUUAGUACUUUCUAUGGGACAAGUUUCCCCUAGACAAAUUAACUCCGUUCAAUCAGAUACGAGUGAAAUUACGCAUAAAGACGUUGCGGUGAAAUUACAGAAAAAAAGGAAAAUCUGUUGCUGCCUCAAAGAAGAGAAAAAUGUCUGCAGACGAUUCUUGGGUUUUUGAUUCGUUGGUAUGCUUUUUGCAUGGCCCAGUAUGGAAUGCACCUUUGCAGACUUUUAUAGAGGAGAAAUCAUUGAUUUUUGAUCCCAAUCUACAACCGGAUGAGCAUAAUGCAGAUGUGAAGAAAAUCCAUGAUGACUACAAAAAUCUUGUCGACUACAUGUUGGGCAGUUUCAUGGAGGAAAUGCAAAUAACACCGGAACAAUUUGAAAUGGCCUGUCUGGAGGGUCGGCAACAGCACAAGGAUAAUCCUUUUCAGUUUCAUCAGGGUUUAUUUCAUCAGAUAUGGGCAGCAAAUGACAUCAAGAUAUUCAUACGCAUGAUGACUCAACGUAAUGUUGAACUACAACUGCAAGCCUUGGAUUUGAUAGAGAAAAAUCAAUUGGCUCUGUUCCAGCAAGGUGAAAGUUUUGAUAGCGCUCACGACAGUAUACAGUCUCAGGGCGAAAAGUUUCGCGAUCUCGACAAUGCCAUUGCUAAAUCUAUGGGAAAAGACUUGGAAACGCCCGAGGCAUCCGUCACUCCUGAACCGGAAAUGAGUGAACAGGAUGUUAGUGAAAAAUUUGAACGCUUGAAUUUGUUUUUUGAGAAAAAUCAACAGGUAAAUCCCGAUGAAAUGAUUACACGUCAAGAGUAUUUACGCGAACAACGUGAUAAGAUCAUUGAACUCAAAAAGAAGACUCGAGCUAAACAGCUACAGGAAACCGUAGCAAAAUCUCUGACCUCUACAACUGCAACUUCGAGCAGUGGCAAUCGACCAACAUCAGCUCAGGUGGCUCAAAAACUUUUGGAAAAUGUCUCCAAACCAAAUGUUGCACUGGAAAAGCCCGAAGAGGUUGAAUUAAACUCGGCCAUGCAAUUGAGAAAAUCGCUAGCCAAACGUUUGAAGGCCGAGGUUGUAGAACACAAUUAGGGGGUAUUUGUGUGCUAAAAAGAAAUUUCGUGGGAAACAAAAGGGAUUUUAAAUUUUGAAUUUGGCAAGGUUUUUAAGAAGUGCACCUGUUUUGUUUUUGUUUGUUGUAAAUUAGGCAAUCACUUUGUUUAGCCUUU